GCCGGCGCGGGCCACACGGCCGCCCAGCCAGCAUGUCCCUCCCGAGCGGUUGCGGUCAGACCCCCAGCCGGGACAUCCCCGCCGCGCCCAGGGCGCUUCUGGACGGCGGGCAGCUGCCGCCCGGGGUCUACAGCACCACCCCCGGCGGCACGCUCUUCAGCACCACGCCGGGAGGCACCAGGAUCAUCUACGACCGCAAGUUCCUGAUGGAGUGUCGGAACUCCCCUGUGAGCCAAACCCCGCCGCGGGACCUGCCCUCCAUUCCCGGGGUCACCAGCCCGGCCUCAGAGGAAGCGGCCGCAGACGCCAGGCAGAGCCACCCGAGCAACAGCCCGGAGGCGAAACCGGCGGGCGCUGGUGAAGAGUCACAGUUUGAAAUGGACAUUUAACAGACCCACCCGCGGACCAAGCAACGCCUCUGGGCCCCCCAGGCCCUUCCUGGGGGAGCAUCCCACGAGCCAAGCCGAGGAAAGUCCCCGUCCUGGGCGGGCACUGAAGAUGGGGGCUGCACACCCUGGACACUGCUCCCUGUCGCAGGCAGCACCAGUGAUUCCCUCCACAUGCCUGCUUUGAGCCAGACGUGCUGCCUGAUGAGCAAACCCGAAGCCAGAGCCGGGGCUGGCCUUUACCCUUUACCGGCUCUUCCAGUCACACCCCUUCCUCGGGUCUGGGUGCGGGAAGCCCCCGCCCCUUCUCCAGAGAGGAAAUAAA